AUGGCAACAAACAACAAGCGAAAGGAAUUGAGCGGUUAUCAGAAAAGAAAAAAUAAGAGACUGCGAGAAUUGAACAUAUCUAUUUUGAACCAUGGGCAAACCACUUUAUCUGACUUUUUUCACCGCAAUACAAAUGAGUCAUUCGUCAGAGGUGAAAGUGCAUCGACAUGCUCAGCUCCCGCUGUGUUGGAAACAAAAGAUGAUGGAUCUAAAAAUAUAGCUGCUGACGACGAUGAAAAUAGCAUUCAUUUCUCUAUUGUCGAUGACCUGGCAUCAGGUGAGGAAACGUCAGAAACGCCCAGCGAUGAACGGAACGAAGUUGAAGGUUGGUACAAAAACAAAAAAAUAAAUCUCAAUUGGCUGCUUCAAAAAGCAGAAGCAAUUCCCAACGUGACCCAGAACUUUUUAAGGAUAGAGAGUAUAUCAGAAUAUUUUAUAGGGAAUCAAGUGGAUGUUUGCAAAUUACUUCUGUUUAGUCACUUUAAUUAGUUGAGAGUGCCAGAGUGGAACUGGAACACUUUCAACACUGCAUUUCAUUUACAAUCAUUUUAGUAUUUUUUGUAUUUUUAGUCAGAUCAAUUGCAUCUCUUAGUGCGGCUAACUCAGAACUGGGGUUUGUCAUCCAUGCCCUUGAUGGCAUGAUACCCCAGUGGCCA